GAUGGCAGCAUCGAUGUUGUUGAGGACGAUUUCUCGUCUGCCGUAUUCGGCUGCCAGCACUAGAUUAUUUAGUUCUUCAAGUUGUGUGUGUCAGCCAGGAUCAAAUAUCUACAAGCCAACCCACACUGGACAGGUUUGGGAGGCAGAUGAUUAUAGACAAGCAAGGUUUGUGGGCAAAGAUAAACUGGUGAAUGAGAGGUUCGCUAUAGAUCUGAUUGCUGAGGAUCCCAUUGUUGUUGUCAAUGGUCGUCACGUGUGGAGUAACAGCGGAGGAGCCCUCGGUCACCCAAAGGUCUACAUCAAUCUGGACAAACCUGAGAUUGGAACUUGUGGUUACUCGGGCCGGAAGUUCAUCCAGAAGAAGUAUUAUAAUGAGGCCAAGCAUGGUCCCUCAAUCACAUAUGAGGAGUAUUUAGCUCAGAUGCGUGAAUAGAGAUAACCUUGUGUGUGUGUAUGGAAUUCUGUAGACUGGUUUUGUUUUGACCUAUAUAUAUAUAUAAUAGUUUGUACAUGUAUGAAUAUGCAGAUAAUAAAUUCAAUCAGGAAUACUUGA